GACUGUGGAGAUGAUACGCACCCCUGGGAAACAGACACCACAGCCCACCGAGCCAGCCCUUGCGCUCCCGUGGAGUUGGUGUGAGAGAGAAGAAUGUCACCCACUUCUGCCGGUCCUAACAUCUAAGUAUUAAUUCUGAGAGAUAAUUCCUAAUAAUUCCCGAUAUAUUAUUUGGUAGAAUUUCAGCUUUAGGUUGUGAAGAUUCUCAGCAGCGGCUUUACUGCAUUUCAAGCUUUUGGAUUCAGCAUAAAUUGUAAAGAGAAAAUAAAAAAAAGGCCAGUUCAUCAGCGGCGGGUGGUCAUCUUCUAUUACUGGUAUUUUCUGACUAAUGGAUGAAGCGUCUCUUUCCGAGGGAACUGUAUUACCGUCAGGAGCUUCACUAUUCAACAAGCUGCACCGCUCACUCCUGGCAGCAAAGCGAUGGGCGCAGUUUGUCUGAGCCAUCUACUGCGUCUUGGUUCUUCAGCCCAGCUUGUUGAAUCUCCUCCUUGCUGACAACAAUGGGUUCGUUUUAACAAACUUCUUCGCCUCUCUGGUUCUAUCUUCGGCGCAUUGCAGACUCCAUCUUUACUUAAAAGUUGAUCAUGGCUGGUCCUGGUUUGUGCGUGAAGCUGAGCACUAUAUGGAGAGCGUUUUUGCUCAUGAGGACUGUGGUAGAUUUCGCGCUGCCUCAGGAGACGUAUGCGCCCCAUUCAAUUCGGACUGAGGGGCUCCUGACCCUCGGUGGACUCUUCCCGGUGCACGCCAGAGGGGCCGACGGCACGCCGUGCGGGGACCUCAAAAAGGAGAACGGCAUCCAGCGGCUUGAGGCCAUGAUGUACGCUUUGGACCAAAUUAACCAGGACGAUCAACUCCUACCCAACAUCACCUUAGGCGCCCGGGUGCUGGAGACUUGUUCGAGGGAUACCUACGCACUGGAGCAAUCUUUAACUUUCGUUCAAGCCCUGAUCACGAAGGACACCUCCGACGUGAGAUGCACUAACGGGGAGCCACCGGUGUUUGUCAAGCCUGAAAAAGUGGUGGGAGUCAUCGGAGCCUCGGCGAGCUCAGUAUCGAUUAUGGUUGCCAACAUCCUACGCCUCUUUCAGAUCCCGCAGAUCAGCUAUGCGUCAACAGCCCAGGAGUUGAGUGAUGACAGGCGCUAUGACUUCUUCUCACGGGUGGUUCCUCCAGACUCAUUCCAGGCCCAGGCCAUGGUGGACAUUAUCCGAGCCCUGGGCUGGAGUUACGUCUCCACCAUCGCCUCAGAGGGCAGCUAUGGAGAGAAGGGAGUGGAGGCAUUCACACAACUCUCCAAAGAAGCAGGUGGAAUCUGCAUCGCCCAGUCUUUGAAAAUUCCCCACAACCCCAAGCUGGAGGAUUAUGACAAAGCCAUCCAACAACUGCUGGAAACACGGCACUCGCGGGCAGUCGUCAUCUUUGCCACUGAAGAAGACAUACGGGGAGUUCUAAAUGCCACCAAGAGGACCAAUCAGGUUGGCCAUUUCCUGUGGAUUGGCUCUGACAGCUGGGGGUCCAAGAGCAGCCCGAUCCACCAGCUCGAGGAUGUAGCGGUGGGAGCAGUCACUAUACUGCCCAAACGCUCCUCCAUUGAAGGGUUUGAUGAAUACUUUACUGGGCUCACCCUCGAGAACAACCGCAGAAACGUGUGGUUUGCUGAGUUCUGGGAGGAAAACUUUGACUGCAGGCUCCUCAGUGCCUCGAAGAGAGAGGAUACCAGCCGUAAAUGCACAGGCAAGGAGCGCAUCGGGGCCGACUCGAAGUACGAGCAGGAAGGGAAGGUGCAGUUUGUGAUUGACGCGGUGUACGCCAUGGCCCACGCUCUCCACAACAUGCAGAGGGACUUGUGUCCUGAUCAUCCUGGCGUGUGUCCACUAAUGGAGUCUGCAGAUGGAAAGACUCUGCUGAAGUACAUACGAAACACCAGCUUCAAUGGCAGUGCUGGCACCUCCGUUGUGUUUAACAAAAACGGCGACGCUCCAGGACGCUAUGACCUGUUCCAGUUCCAGAUGACCAACUCCUCCACCCCAGAGUAUAAGGUGGUAGGACAAUGGGUGGAAAACCUCCAGCUCAGGCUGGAGGAGCUUCAGUGGCCAGAUGGGGAGCAGGAGGUGCCGAUCUCUGUGUGCAGUCUGCCCUGCAAAACUGGAGAGAGGAAGAAGAAGGUAAAGGGCAUGCCAUGCUGCUGGCACUGUGAGCUAUGUGAUGGCUACCAGUACCAGUAUGACGAGACUUCCUGCAGACUUUGUGCCUACAACAUGAGGCCCAAUCCGAACAGAACCGCCUGCCAACCCAUCCCCAUUGUCAAGCUGGAGUGGCACUCCCCAUGGGCAAUAAUCCCCGUCUUCCUGGCCAUGCUCGGUAUCAUUGCCACCAGCUUUGUCAUGGCAACCUUCGUACGCUACAAUGACACACCUAUCGUGCGGGCGUCGGGCCGAGAACUGAGCUACGUGCUGCUAACUGGCAUCUUUCUGUGUUACAUCAUCACUUUCCUCAUGAUUGCCAAGCCUGACAUAGCCGUGUGUGCCUUCAGGAGGAUCUUCCUAGGCCUGGGCAUGUGCAUCAGCUACGCCGCGCUGCUCACCAAGACCAACCGUAUCUAUCGUAUCUUCGAGCAAGGCAAGCAGACGGUCACGGCCCCUCGCUUCAUCAGUCCCACCUCCCAGAUUGCCAUCACUUCCAGUCUGAUCUGCGUGCAGCUGCUGGGCGUGCUGGUGUGGUUUGCCGUCGACCCUCCGAACACCAUAAUCGACUACGAUGAGCAGAAAACCAUUAACCCCAUGCUGGCCCGUGGCGUGCUGAAGUGUGACAUCACAGACCUACAGAUAAUCUGCUCGUUGGGCUACAGCAUCCUGUUGAUGGUGACCUGCACCAUCUACGCCAUCAAGACAAGGGAUGUACCAGAAGACUUCAAUGAAGCAAAGCCCAUUGGCUUCACUAUGUACACCACAUGUAUAGUCUGGCUGGCCUUCAUCCCGAUUUUCUUUGGCACAGCGCAGUCGGCAGAGAAGCUGUACAUUCAAACAACCACCCUGACCAUCUCUAUGAACCUUAGUGCCUCAGUAGCACUGGGCAUGCUCUACAUGCCCAAGGUGUACAUUAUUAUCUUCCACCCUGAGAUGAACGUACAGAAGAGGAAGCGUAGCUUCAAGGCUGUGGUCACAGCUGCCACGAUGUCGUCACGUCUGUCCCAGAAACCCAGCGAGAGGCCCAAUGGAGAGGCUAAGACUGAGCUGUGUGAGAACCCUGCUGCUGACCCCAUGAGUCAAGCAACCAAGAAAACAUAUGUGAGUUACAACAACCUCAGGAUCUGAUCUGCUUGAAAAUGAAUGCUGUUUGUCCUUUUAUCUGUGAUUUGAAAAGGGAAGGGAGGUCUAGAGGAACAGAGAAAGACAGACAGAGACAGGAGAGCGAGCGCAGGCAUCCCAGCACCACCUGCAGUACCUAUGCACUCCAGGACUGUGGAUAGCAUCCAACCUUCAUCCAGACAUGAUACAUGAGUCCUGGCAGAGACUAGCACAGCUGUAGGUCAGUGUGGCUGGGUCCGCCUCACUAAACUGUAGGUUUUAAACUUGUGUUGUGGCCCUCUUGUCUCUGACAGAGAACAACUUGCCUGCUAAAAGGGGUCACUGUGAACGAGGACAAACCACAAAAAAAAAAAAAAAAAAAAGGA